GGGGCUGGUCCGGGAAUUUCAUUAAAUUCCCCCCAUUUAAAAGGGAAUUAAGAUGGUUGGUUCGGAAAGGGGCACAGCUUGAUAUUGAUAGCAAUUUUUGAUACAUUUUGAUCUUCAUGUAUGGGGUUUGUAUAGCUAUUCUAUUUGUCAUCCAGCUCUCGGUAGUUCAUCCUGUCAUUGCAAAUAAAAUGGAGUUUCAAAAAUAUUUAGAAAUGGGCAAGGAACUACACUUAGAAGAUAAGGAACUCAUAGAGUUUGCUAGAGCUAGACAGGCAGAGGCUAAGGAAGAAAGACGGCUGAUUAGGGAAGAAAAUCAAGAACAACGUGAACAUGAGAAAGAAAUGAAAACUAUAGAGUUAAGUAUAGCUCAGGAAAAGGCCAAGUUAGGGUUGUCAAGUGAAAGUUUCUUGGAAGCUAGUAUGAAAACCCAGGCCAAAAGCCGAAUUCCCAAAAUGCCACCCUUCAAUGAGAAAAGUGAUGAUAUGGAUUCGUACUUGGGUAGAUUCGAAAGAUAUGCGACAAGUAUGAAAUGGUCACGUGAUGAAUGGGCAUUACCUUUAAGCAUACUCCUGACAGGAAAAGCAACUGAGGUUUAUACACGUUUACCUGAUGAUCUAGCAAAUGACUAUGAUGAACUAAAACGAGCACUGCUGUUGAGAUAUGAAUUCACUGAGGACGGCUUUAAGACAAAGUUUAGACAGUGCAGACCAGAGACUAACGAAUCCUAUACACAGUUUGCGGAACGUAUUAAACGAUAUUUGUUAAGGUGGAUUGAAUUAAGUUGUACAGAUAAAACAUUUGAUGGACUUCUUGAUCUUUUUAUGCGAGAACAGAUAAUUAAUGGCUGUAGUAGAGAACUAAGAUUGUUCCUAAAAGAACGAAAACCUGGUACAUUGGCUGAAAUGACAAAGAUGGCUGACAGAUAUCAAGAGGCACACAAACCUCCUUUAUCUAGGUUCAGUGAUCGACAAAUAAGGAAAGAUGGUCAAAGCAAGUCAUUUGAAAGAGGUGUAAAAGGACAGGAAGAUGAACGUUCAGUUGGUGAACUAAAGUCUCCUGAUGAUAGAACAUGUUUUAAAUGUGGUAAGAAAGGACACAUAGCAAUAUUCUGCAAGAGUAAAGCUAGGUAUCAGCCACAGACCAACAAAACCGCAGGUUUAAAAGAAUGGAAACCAGAGACACCUCGUAGGGUUGAAGUUGACAAGAAAAAUCAAACCCUAGCUGCCUGUGUGGAGUUAAAUGCAGUUAGAUAUGAGUACAGUAGACCCCCAGGUACUUAUGUGAGAUUGGAAUCAGGAGAUGAACUCCCAGUUGUUAACGCUGUAAGCAGGUUAGCAUCAAGUGAUGAGAAUAUGCCAGUGAAAUAUGGUAAAAUUGGUGAUCACAUAGUACCAGUGUUGAGAGAUACUGGAUGUAGUACAGUAGUAGUGAAACGUACUCUAGUUGGGGAUAAUAAAUACACAGGUAGAACUCAAAGAUGUGUUCUGUUAGAUGGAACCGUGAGAAAUGUACCAGUAGCCAAAGUGUCGUUAGAUACGCCAUAUUAUGUGGGAGAAGUUGAAGCUAUGGUGAUGGAGAAUCCAUUGUAUGGUAUUAUAAUUGGUAAUGUAAAUGGAGCUAAGGGUCCAAACGAUCCAGUCGUUGACUGGUCUCCUAAAUCAGAUGAGACAGUAAGUAAGUCAGUAUCACAGGCGAGUGCAGUAGAGACUCGUGGCUCAAAAGCUAAGUUGGCAAAACCACUAACUCCAUUGAAAGUAAGUGAGGUGACACAUAUAUCCGAAUCUAGGGCAGAUUUGAUUAAGGCCCAGAAAGAAGAUACUACUUUGACUAAAUUGUUCGAGUUGGCUAAUAAAGGUGAAAGGUCCGUAAAUGGUAAAGGAAUGGAGACUGGAUACGUUGUCAGAAAUAAUCUCUUGUUUAGAGAAUAUCAGUCACCACAAGUGCAACAUGGUAAAGUUUUUAAACAACUUGUUGUACCAAGAGUUUAUCGCGAGAAGGUUUUGAAGUUGGCACACGAUUCACCAUUGGCAGGACAUCUUAAAGUUAAAAAGACCACUGAUAGAAUAUUAGCCAAUUUCUUCUGGCCAGCGGUACAAGCUGAUGUUAGACGGUAUUGCCAGUCAUGCGACAUAUGCCAAAGAACUGUGAGUAAGGGUAGAGUAACCAAAGUUCCUUUAGGUGAAAUGCCUUUAAUUGAUACUCCAUUCAAAAGAGUAGCUGUGGACAUAGUAGGUCCCAUACAACCAAUCACUGAGCGAGGAAAUAGGUAUAUCUUAACUUUGGUAGAUUAUGCCACUCGUUACCCAGAGGCCAUUGCACUUCGUAGUAUAGAAACAGAGCGAGUAGCAGAAGCACUCUUGGAGAUAUUUUGUAGAGUCGGGGUUCCAGAUGAGAUACUGACCGAUCGAGGAUCACAAUUUACCUCAUGUGUAAUGAAAGAAGUAGGAAGGUUGUUGUCUAUUAAGCAAUUGGUAACCUCCCCAUAUCACCCAAUUUGUAAUGGGCUAGUAGAACGAUUCAAUGGUACACUCAAGAUUAUGCUCAAACGUAUGUGUUCAGAAAAACCAAAUGACUGGGAUCGCUAUUUGCCAGCAGUGUUAUUUGCAUACAGGGAAGCGCCACAAGAGAGUUUGGGUUUUUCACCCUUUGAGUUAUUAUAUGGUAGAACUGUAAGAGGUCCUUUAAUGAUCUUAAAAGAACUGUGGUCAGGUGAAAUUGAAGAUGAAGAAGUGAAGUCCACUUAUGAAUAUGUAGUAGAUCUAAAAGAAAGAUUGGAAGAGACUUGUAAACUUGCACAUGAUGAGCUCAGUCGCUGCUCAAAAAGAUACAAGAAAUACUAUGACACAAAAUCGAAAGAUCGCAAGUUCAAAGUGGGUGAAAAGGUGUUAAUCUUGCGUCCAUCCAGUAAUAGUAAAUUAUUACUCCAGUGGCAAGGACCAUUCGAUGUAACGGCAUGUGUGAGAAGUAAUGACUAUCUAGUAAGAGUUAAAGGAAAGGACAAGAUAUAUCAUGCAAAUCUCCUCAAGAAGUAUGUGGAAAGGCAAAGUUCAGAGAAUGUAAUUGCAGGUGACGGGAAAAACAGUUCCUAUGCAAAACAGUUGUGUGCGAACAUUGUGAUGGAGGAUGAUGAUCAAGAAGAUUGUGUUCGAGUAAAUUUGCCUCCUCUAAAACAGACAGAAAAGUGUGAGGAUGUUCAAGUAAAUGAAAGGCUCCUUGCAAGACAAAAACAAGAUGUUGAGGAACUUGUAAGUCAGUUCUCCGACAUUAUGACAGAUAUGCCUGGUCGCACACAUUUAAUGGAACAUAAUGUGAAACUAACAACGGAUUCACCUGUUGUCUCAAAACCCUUUCCAGUACCACCUGCAGUACGAGAGACAAUUUCAGAUGAAAUUGAGAAAAUGCUCAAUCUAGGAGUGAUCGAAAAAUCACACUCCGCCUAUGCUUCACCAGUUGUCCUAGUACGUAAACCUGAUGGCAGUAACAGAUUCUGUGUGGAUUUUCGCCAGUUGAAUGAUAUUACAGUAUUUGAUCCAGAACCUAUUCCCAAUGCUGAUGAAUUAUUGUCAAGGGUAGCCAAUGCGAAAUAUUUCUCCAAACUAGACUUGACAAAAGGUUACUGGCAGAUACCUAUGGCUCCACAAGAUAAAGACAAAACGGCCUUUGUAACUUCUAAUGGCCUUUAUCAGUUUACUGUCAUGCCUUUCGGGAUGGUCAAUGCUCCUGCAGUAUUUUCCAGAUUAAUGAGACAAGUACUAUCAGGACUUAUGAAUGUAAUUAAUUAUAUAGAUGACAUACUGGUGUACACAGAAACAUGGGAAGAUCAUAUGGUAACAUUGGAGAAAGUAUUCCAAAGGUUGAGAGAUGCAGGACUUACAGCUAGACCAACAAAGUGCUACAUAGGGUUCGAGAGCUUGAAAUUCCUAGGGCAUACGAUAGGUGAAGGGAUUUUGAAGCCACACCCAGAAAAAGUCAGCCAGGUUCUGAAAGCCGAAAAACCAAGAACAAAAAAGCAGGUCAGGUCAUUUCUAGGACUAGUGGGAUUUUACCGGAAAUUCAUCCCCAAUUUUUCGGCUAUUGCGGCUCCGUUGUCCGAUUUAACCAAGAAAGGAAAUCCAAAUAAGAUCAAUUGGAGUGACGCACAAGAGGUAGCGUUUGAAACGUUGAAAAAGCGAGUAGCGUCAGCACCAAUCCUGCAUUUGCCAAAUUUUGAGCACACUUUCAUCCUACAAACUGAUGCUUCAGAUGUAGGCAUAGGAGCCGUACUUGUACAAGAAGAAGGGGGUGUUAAAUUCCCAAUAUCAUAUGCUAGUAGGAAGCUUUUGCCAAGGGAGGUCAAGUAUUCGGUCAUUGAAAGGGAAUGUUUAGCACUUGUAUGGGCAAUCAAGAAAUUCCAUUUCUUUCUGUAUGGUAAAGAGUUCAUUUUGGAAACGGAUCAUAGACCACUCAGCUACUUGGCAAGAACGAAGAUGACAAACAGUAGAAUAAUGAGAUCGGCUUUAAGUUUGCAACCGUACAGAUACAGAGUAGUGGCGAUUAAAGGUAAAGAUAACGUGGGAGCUGAUUUCUUAAGUAGAUGCCCCAAGAUUGAAGAUGGAGAUUGAAGUUGGUACAAUUGAGGAAAAGAUUGUCAGUACAAUCCUAAGGGGGAGUAACGUCAAUAGUCCCAACUACACUUUUUUAAUUAAGAAAAGUUGGUGAUGAAUGCUGAAGUCUAUUUUAUUUGGGACUUGUAACUCAUGCCAGAUUCUCCAUUAUUAAGAAUUCAAUGUAAGGAAUGCAUAGCAUCUAGGUAAAGUAUAUAUACAGAUGUGUAGGCCUAUGAGGGCCAUCAAACCUUCUUCUUUUUUUCAAGGUGGUAUCCCGCCGCGGCAAAUUUCUGUCUUAUUGAUAGUGCACACCCCAGACGAUAUAAUUCGCCGGGGUGAGAAGACGCAUUUUGAAAUUUAGAAACAAAAAUUGAAUGUGCACCUCUACACUUCUGUAAUCAGGUAAAUGAAUUUGACAGUAGAGCGUGCGCAAUGGAAUUAUGUUAAUUCAUUAAUACUGGGGCCAGUUGCGCCAUUAACCCUAACCCCCUAAGGACCAUCGAAAUCCUGCCUAACCUUGUUGGGCUCAGCAUGGUUAGGCUCAAUCCUAUCCCCCUAAGGACCAUUGAAAUCCCGCCUAACCUGGUUGGGUUCAGCAUGGUUAGGCUCAAUCCUAUCCCCCUAAGGACCAUUGAAAUCCUGCAUAACCUGGUUGGGUUCAGCAUGGUUAGGGUUGAUCAAUGUGGGGUUAGGCCAUUAUUUGUCUUUAUGAAGGCCAUUGAGUGUGUGUUUCUGCAUAUAACGUACUUCCUUUUUAG